UGUUUCCGGUUACUGUGGAGGUCCCAAUAUGGCGCUCCCCGGUGGCUGCAACCAGACGCUCCCCAGCAGAAGAGUCGCGCGGAAAGAGCUGCUUUUACACGAAGGGGGAGUAAAGUAGUGAACUUAGAGGAGAGAAACAAACUAAAGUACCGAUCAUAUACUACUACCAACGUUUGGAUCGAUAUCUGCAUCGAUCUGCCCACCCUUGUCUCCUGGAUCGUAGCUGAGAUCAGCGUGAACCACGUGGGUCUCUGCUCCCUGAUCUGUUUCCUGUGUUUGGAAAGAGUUCCAGCUUCAUCACGGAGUUUCUCUCGGUUUGUGGGCUCAUCUAAAGCUGAGUAACAGGAGAGGAGAAGAGUCUGGUGGAGCAGCAGAGGAACAGUUUCAGCCAUUUGGACUCAGCUCAGCCGCCACAGAGGAAACAAUGACAUCAACAGAAAAGGACCAACAUGGAGCGAGAGGUCAGCGCUCUCUGGAGGCCGCCAAACCUCACAGAAGAAUGGGAGAGAAAAAAUACAGCUGUGAUGAGUGUGAGAAGGAUUUUAAUCGGAAGUCUGACCUGAUACGGCAUCAACUCAUCCACAGUGGAGUUAAAGCACACUACUGUGACUUGUGUGGAAAGUCUUUUACCCUGGCUGGAGCCUUAAGAAGACACCAACUCAUCCACAGUGGACUUAAACCGUACAGCUGUGACUUGUGUGAAAAAUCUUUCACCCAACUUGGACACUUAAAAAGACACCAACUCAUCCACAGUGGAGUUAAAGCACACAGCUGUGAUCGGUGUGGUAAAGCUUUUGCUCGUAGUAGCAGCUUACAAAGUCAUCUAGUUACCCACUCUGAAAAUAAUAAAGCGUAUAGCUGCGACAUUUGUGGAAAAACAUUCAGCACGCUAGUCAAACGAAAUAUUCACCUGCGCAUUCACACUGGACAUGAUGUUUACUGGUGCGAUCAGUGUGGGAAACUGUUUACAACAGCCACACACUUACAAAACCACAUGUUUACCCACACUGAGGAGAGACCUUAUAAAUGUGACUGGUGUGAAAAGGCUUUUAAAGAGCCACGUUCCCUGAGACAGCAUCAACAGUUUCACACCAGAAAAAGACUCUACAAGUGCAGUUACUGUGAGAAGCAGAGCGACACAGAUGGAUCCAGUUCUCAACCCUGCCGUCACUGUGGUGGUGGGAAAGAGUUUCUCUGUGACCUUUGUGGAAAAACUUGCAGUCAUCAACGAAGCCUAAAAGUACAUCAGCGUAGACACACUGGAGACAAAAUGAACUACUGCAAAGAAUGUGGGAGUGGUUUCCCUAAACCAAGUGAAUUAAAACGACAUGAAGUCAGUCACAGUGGGGUUAAAAAGCACCUCUGUGACCAGUGUGGGUCAUCCUUCACCACUGCAGGUUACCUUAAAGUACAUAAACGAGUCCACACAGGAGAGAAACCAUACAACUGUAGACACUGUGACAGAAGUUUCUCAUAUUCAGGGAGUCGUGAUUGCCAUGAACUUCGACAUAUUGAAGGGAACUUUAGAACAGUGUGACAAGAGCUUUAAGAAUCUCAGUUUAUAAUCCGAACAUAAACAAUCCCUCACUGUAAAUAAACUGUUUUACUGUUACCAAUGUGCAAAAACAUUCACUUCAUUAUCUGCUCUGUGCAAACAUCAGCAUGAUCCUGCAGGACGGACUUCACUGGAUCACAGUGAAUCUCAAAAGACAGAAACAUCCUCUUCUGGUUUCAGGGUCAGACUUACAAACCAGAUCAGGCUCCACAGAGUUCAGAUGGAAUCUCCUGUAAAGAGUGUCAGCUGAUGUCACACUUGGAUCUCAUGAGGGAGCUCUGAUACUUGGACUUCAAUUCAGGAAGAAAUAACAUUCUAAAUGGGGGGGUUUUUCCGUGAAAAGCUGGACUUGCAUCAAUAAUCCUGAAUGUUACAUUUGGGAAGCUGCAAGUUUUUUUUUUUUUACGGAUUUUGAUUCUCCAAAAUGUUAUCGCUGUCACGUUUAAAUGGUUUUCCCAUUGGGACACCGUAUUUAGUAGUUGUUGUUGUUAUAGAUAUUGUUUUAUCUUAUAGUUAACUGAUAUUGUAUAAAUACUUGAACUUAACUUUUGUUUUGAUCUUCUGCCUGACUGGUGUUUUCACCCGUUAUACUGUAGAGGUGGGGGGGAAAUCGAUACAGCACAGCAUCUUGAUAUUUUGCGUUGUGAUGUUGUAUCAAUACAGUGACCCCAAACAUCAAUAUUUAAUAAAGAAAAUAAAAUACUCUGGGAAUUACUCUGGGAAUACAGUGAAUAAGGGGGCUCACCUUAUAAGAGGCCAACUUUCUGCAAACAGUUGCAGUCUGACUUGAAGUGACUGCAAUCACUUUGGGAGACAUUGUUGCAGGUUUUAAAUAAAUGCUGCCUUAUUUAUAAAUGCAGACUAAAUGCUGCCAUGUUUUCAUCAGUUUGGUGUUAGGCUUGGUCAGUGAGCACUGCUUGAGGGGACUCGACUAAAACUAAUAUAUCCAUAAUUGAUGGCUUAACAUUCUGCAUUCAAGUAUAAGUUUGUCUAAGUCCGCCAUUGUAGAAAUUCAUUGCACCGAAACAAAAACGUGCACAGUGUGACGUCAAAAUAGGCACACACCUUUGACGCUGCGUUUUCUCAGUUUUCCUCGUCCACACGUAAAUGCAAAAACUGAGUUUUCGAAAAUAUCCACCCUGGCAGGCGUUUUUAAAAAUCUCCGUUUUCAGCAACCGAAAACGCCGUUUACGUGUAGACGAAAGGUGUAAACGCAUAGAAAAAUCAGCGUUUUCAAAAAUACCCUGGUACGUGUGGACGUAGCCUUAUUCAUUAUUCAAGGCACAAACGGAAAGUCAUGUACGCGUGCAACGUACAGUCACGUGGGCAUGCUGCGUGAGCAUUCGAACUGAGUCUAAAGUUUUCGUGUGCGAAUUGAAGCGGGUGCUGUCCAAUCAUCAAAAGUAACAAAGUCAUUGAACACAUUUAUACAGUUACCUUUACAUUUACCAAUCAUAUAUCACAGAUUUACAAUUUUUUUUUAGUACUAUGCAAAAAAGCAACCGCAGAGCGACAGUCUGGGUCAAUGGUGGCCGAGGCGACAGCAAGGCUAACAAAGGAACCCUCGAAAGGUUAGGCUAGCUUUGUAACAGAAUAUAACAAAAGUAUGAAACAAAAAUGUUUUCUUUGUUGAUAGACUGUGUUCGCAGUGCAAUUUAUUUGUUGCCGGACUGUAAGAUGAAAGUAGACACAAUUUCAGGCUCCCACAUUUUGUCCGAAACUGUACAUUAACGAGUUUUUUACUGUUAUUCAAAUGCGACUGUGGAAAUAACGAAUAGAAGAAAAUUCAUUCAUUCUUACCUUAUACUAAUUGUGGUGCAGGCCAGUGCAGUGCAUGAACAUGCCUUCUCUGGUCAAUUUCGCUGAGAGUAAAUGUAAUGUCCCGCUCUACUGUACAAGACUUGUGAAUGGUUACCUGGAGGGAUGUACCACUGUGAGAGGGGUGCUACGGAAUAGUCCAAGUGUUCGCUGCUUUAAUUUCCCGGUCAACUAUACAUAAAUUGCACGUCGACAUGAUUUUUUUAAAGCUGGUGAACUUUAACUAGACCAGAAAUCGGUGAUAACAAAAGAACAUUCAAUCUACUUAUACUUUACUUACUUUAUACCUGCUCAGUUGCAAUGCAAUUUAAUGCUCAACUACAAAUCAAUGGCUUUUUGAUGGUGACCUGUAGGGAUGUACCACUAUGAAAGAGGCACUUCAGAUGAUCGCCGCUUUGAUCUCUGGUCAUCUAUAAAUAGACGUUUUGGAUGAAAAAUCAACAUCAAUUCAAUGUCCUAUUGCUAUCUGGGAACAGAUUAAAUGCCAUGUUGAGGCUGUCAUUUUUAGCAUCUACAUGGAUGUUAAAAUCACCCACAAUAAUUAUUUUAUCUGAGCUGAGCACUAAAUCAGAUAAAAAGUCUGAGAAAUCAGAGAGAAACUCUGUGUAAGGCCCAGGUGGACGAUAUAUGAUAACAAGUAAGACUGGUUUCUGAGUUUUACAGCUGGGGUGGACAAGGUUAAGCCUGUGUUUCGAGAUUUCUGGUAGUUAGAAUGACUCGGGGGUGUUGAUUCAUUUAAACUAACAUAAUCAUCCGACUGCCUAAGGCAGAGUAAAUCGAUUGGUUGAUCAAUUAUUAAGUCAUGUACUAACAGAGACUUCUUGGACACCACUCAGACAGCCAGCAAUUUAAGGAGAACAUGCGGCUAAACAUGUCACUCCUGGUCUGAUUGGGGAGGGGACCAGAGAAAACUACAGAGUCCGACAUUGUUUUGGCAAAGUUACACACCGAUUCAAUACUGAUUUUAGUGACCUCCAAUUGGCGUAACCGGGUGUCAUUACUGCCGACGUGAAUUAUGAUUUUACUGAAUCUACGUUUACCCUUAACCAGCAGUUUUAAAUUUCUCACAAUGUCGCCUGCUCUGGCCCCUGGAAGACAAUUGACUAUGGUUGCCGGUGUCUGUAGCUUCACAUGUCUGAGAACAGAAUCACCAAUUACCAGAGUUUGACCCCCGGCGGGUGUGUCGCCGAGUGGGGAAAAACGGUUAGACACACAAACAGGUUGGUGGUGUACCUGGGGCUUCUGUUUAAGACUAUGCUUCCUCCUCACCGUCACCCAGCCGCCCUCUUUCCCCAGCUGCUUGGGGUCUGCCGGAGAACAGCUAGCGGGGCCUACGCUAUCUUCGGCUGCACCAGCUACAGGGGCCUGGCUAGCUACGGGCGAAUGAAGGGUGCGAAGCCGAGUCUCCAAUUCAGUAAUCCUGGCCUCCAGAGCUGCAAAUAUGCUACAUUUGUUACAAGUAUCAUUACUGCUAAAGGAGGCCGAGGAGUAACUUAACAUCUGACACAAUGAGCAGGAAAGUGCAGGAGGGACAGGUGAAGAGGCCAUGCUGCUAGCGAGUCGGCUACAAGCUAAGCUAAGCUAGCGAAACAGUAAAGACAGAGUGAGUGAAUAUUUUGGCUAUAAAUUAGGUAGUGAGUACACAGAAACUGUGCUUCGAAUGAAGCACGUGAAGAUUAUACUAUGAAAAAAGAAUGUAACUAAAAGUUUUUAAUUAAAUUGCUAUGCAGAUAAGCUACUCAGAAACACCACCGUGUUUGAGCAGGAACAGGAAGUGAUACUCUACCGCAGCGGUCCCCAACCCCCGGGCCUCGGACCGGUACCAGUCCGUGAGUCGUUUGGUACCGGGCCGCGAGAGUUGAGGCUCAGGUGUGAAAUAUAUGGUUUUCAGGGGUUUUAUCGGUUUUCAGCGUUAUUUUAUUAUCGUUUUUAUCGUUAACUCAGUUUUCCUGGGUCUUUUCACGUGUGUUAUGAAUAAAUCUUCUUUUUUUUCGGUACCGGUACUAGUUUUAUUUUGUUGUAUUUAUCCGCGACACCUUAAAGGGCCGGUCCGUGAAAAUAUUGUCGGGCAUAAACCGGUCCGUGGCGCAAAAAAGUUUGGGGACCGCUGCUCUACCACAGAGCGAGCGAACACCAAGUGACAGCGCCACCAAGAGUCAGGAGUCAGUACAGAGCGUGUACCUCCCAGUUAAUGAGGACCAUUUUCUUGGCAAUGCAUAGGGCCGUGAAAACAAUGUGGGCUGUGUUCAUUUCUGUCCUGACCUCAUCCAAGCUGCCCUACAAGCACACUAAAGGGGAGGCUGGAAUGUUACAUUUCAGAAACUUUGAUAAGUCUUCACAUAUUCUGAACCACAACUGGUGGACAGCACCAAAGAGCGUUGAUGUAAUUUUCUGGUGUAUUGCCUUGACAGUGUGAGCAGUUGUUGGAAGACGUAAAGUCCAUCCUGAACAUCCGAUGACCAGUAUAGUGCACUCUGUAGUAUUUUGUGUUGUAUUGAUUGCUUUCUGAUUUCUGAUCCAUUGAAAGGUCAUAUUUCAAACUCCGCCACUCUGCGGUCUUCCGCUACUACUUGGUUUGAGUUUUGAACAAAAUACACUCUGGGAUAUUUGUCUGGGCUUGCCUACAGUAGCUAGUCAGCUGACUGGAGACCAAAACAGCCAAUCAGAAUUUUUUGCAUCCAAGUCUGUGAUUGUUUGGUUUUGUGGCACAAAUAUAAUGGUGUACAUAAAGAGUUGAGCAUGCAGGGGCAGAAAUGUUGAGAACGCGAGCGACACACUGCGACCAGGUCCGCAGAGACCUGAACAAGAGCAAAUGCAAAAGCUGAGUGAGAGGAGCUGUUAUUGUGUGUAUAUGGAUAAUAGCAAACACUGAAAUUCAU